GCGCUUUGAUUCGUCAUUAACGGUGCAGUCCAAGAAGAGGAUCUCAAAAAUCUGGAAACUUGGGAAUUAUUACACGACGGGAUUGCUCGAAUGGCAACCAUGAACGCGCCUGUUAGCGAUGUGAAAAUUAAACAGUGGUCAGCCGCGGUGCCUUUGAAGGCUCCGGACAACAUUGUGUCUUCGCAGUAUGCAAUGCUGAAAACUUUCGUGCCUUCUUACGAAAAGGAAAAACGGCCUUGCAUGGAACAACUGUUAACGAACGAAUACCAGCGUAUCUGGUGGCAAGAGAAGGAAAUGUGGGACAGAAGAUUUAACUCACAGCCGACUACGAAGAAAUUAAUGCAACGCAUGGUAAUAAGAAAAAAGUCGUCGAGAGAAACUGCGAAGGAGCUGCCCAAGAAAAUGAAGAAACCGCGAAGAAAAACAGACUCGAAGAUCAAGAAGGCCGAAGAAGAAAAAGAAGAAGAAGAGCCGAAGAAGACGAAGGGGAAAGAAAUUAUUCCGAUCCGAGCAACGGAUAAGAAGCAAGAACACGAAGAAAAAUAACGAAGAAAAAUUGCUUCGAACGAACUGUAAAUGCUGCAUCAAAUUCGAUGCGAUGCCGUUUAAAAUUGUAGGUUCAUUGUUCGUAGCUCGAUCAAUUUUUCUGUAAUCAAACUCGACGAACACACUAAUCUAACACCUGCGACCCAUUCUUUUCGUUUUCUGCCCCCGUUUUCUAAACGUUUACCCUAGGAACAAUCGAUUUUCUACCAUAUACAUAUACGUGCACGUGUAUUUGUAUCGACCGUUUAAAAGAGCAAAAUAAAAGCAUCUAUUGCUAAUUUCUCUUAA